AUGGAGCCGCUCGGUCCUGUCGCCGUCCUCAAGGACCGUGUCGGGUGGUCAAUUUCAACGGUCUCGCCAGCAGCACAAGUACCAGAAGGUCAUGCGGCUGAUCACACAUUAUCAGAGGAACUUAAACCCGUCGAGAACACCCAAAUACCCGAGGCUUUCCCCAGAGCAGGUUUCUCCAAUCCAUCGCCGAAAGUCUACGCUUUACAUUCUCGACUUGCUCUACCCAAGAAAUUUCCUCUCGAGACCUUAGCACGAACAUUAAGAGAUGCAUCAGCAGAUCCUCAUCCCCACUUUAACAACGCAUCUUUGGCUGUGCUUGGCCAUGAUCUCCUUGCUCAAUAUACCACUGAACAUAUCAUCUGUACCUAUCCUCGCCUUCCAAUGACCGUCAUAUACGCCGCAAUGUACGCAUAUAUUGGCCCAAGGACCUUGGCAACCAUAGCUGGAGAAUGGGGUGUGGAAUUAGCUGCUGUACCUGGCCCAGAGGUUGAUCCGGGUCUCCUCCAAUUCAAGAGAGUGCAACCGGGAACGGAGAUCGUACAAGACCCGAAGAAAACCACACGACCGAAUACACACUGGAGGAAGUCAAUUGCAUCAAGCGUUGUUCACGGUGAUAUAUUUGGCGAACCAGACCUCAAGACCAAAAAUCCGAAAUACGUUCGACCGCAACUCCCGGAUUUGGAAUCUCUUCCUGGCGUAACUGCCGAGAAAGCCACAUCGACAUUCGUCCAAGCAGUGGUGGGUGGCAUCUAUCUACAUGCGGGCCGUCCCGCGGCCAAACGAUUCUUCAAGGAACAUAUCGUAUCCCGUCAUCUCGAUAUGUCCAAAUUAUUCUCUUUCACACAGCCUGCCCGCGAUUUGGCUACUCUAUGCCACCGAGAAAAUAUCGAACCCCCGGUUGCAAAGAUCAUUAGUGAGACCGGUCGACACAGUAGACAUCCCGUCUUCAACGUUGGGGUCUUCUCUGGUCAAGACAAACUAGGUGAAGGAUCUGGAGCAAGUCUUAUAGAGGCCAGGACUCGAGCUGCCGUUGCAGCACUUAAGGGCUGGUACCUCUAUAGUCCCUUAGAGGUCAGAGUACCUAGUUCCACGGAAGAAGAAGGUGCGAAGCCAUGGAAGCCUGUGUAUGUGGAUCAUGGAGAGGUGUUCGUCUAA